AUGGCUGCCACGUCUCGGUGCCAAGCUGAGACAGAGCCGCUUCUCAGCACAGAGGGCUCGCUACAAGCGUCGGCGUCUGUCACCUGCCCCGCCCAGCAGCCGCGGCCCGAGGAGCUUAGGCAUGCGCCGACGCCGCGUCGCGAACUGUCGCUGCAACUGAUGCUGGCGGCACCUGUGGCCUUUACUGUACUCUGCCGCGUCGGCAUGAUGUUGACCGAUCUGGCGGUGCUGGGCCACUUGUCGGGCUCGGCGCUGGCGGCGGCGUCGGCGGCGCUCAUCUGGAUGAACGUUGUGCUCUCGCCGAUCUUUCGCGGCUUUGCGCCUGCGCUCAACGUGCUCUCCGCUCAGGCGCUCGGCGCCGACAACCCGGCCCUGGCUGGCCAGUGGGCGCUGAUUGCAGUGCUGGCGUGCUCGGGCUAUGGCGUGUGCGUCGGAGCAGCGUGGUGGUGGGGCGAGGCUGUUCUUCUCGGCAUCGGCGCAGACCCGGCCAUCGCCGCUGAGGCCGGCGUGUUCAUGCGGUACUCGCUGCUGUGGACCGUGCCGACCAUGGGCUAUGAGCUGCUGCAAUCAUUUUUUCGCGCCCACGAGGACGUGCUCCCGGCCAUGGUGAUCAACGCUGCAGGCCUCGUCUUCAACCUCGCCGCCAACGUAGUCCUCGUCCACGGCGCCGGCUCCUGGGCCGGCAUGGGCUUUGUCGGCUCGCCACUCGCUACCGCCGCUUCGCGCUGGGUAGUCUUUGUCGGCUACGCAGUAUACAUGUGGGCAACGCGACGCGCAUAUCUCAAAUCUGCUACGCCGGGCUUUAGCUGGGCUUGGAUGAGCCGGGCGCGGCUGGUAACCUACACGCUCGAGCAGGCGCUCCCACUCUCGCUCUCGGGCCUCAUCGAGGAGCUUCAGUUCCAGGUGCUGGCCGUGAUGGCGCUUGAUCUCGGCGCGGUGGAGAUCGCGACCAACAACGCCAUGUUUGUCCUGUUCUUCUUCCUCGACUCGGCCAUGCUCGGCCUCUUCACGGCGUGCUCCAUCCGGGUGGGCCGGCUGCUGGGGUGUGGUCUGCCUCAAGCGGCGCGGCGGGCAGGCGUCGUCACGUUCGGCCUCUCCAUGGUUGUUGGCGGCGCUGUGAGCCUCGCGCUGUACCUCCUCCGCGCUCAGCUGGGUAAGAUUGUCUCAAGCGAUCCGGCUAUCUGGAGUGAGGCCGAGUCGAUCGCCCGGCUCCUUGCCAUCUCCUACAUCCUCAUCGGUGUCUUCUACACCUGCAUGGCUAUCCUCGACGGCCAGGCGCGGCCGCUUCCGGUCGCCCUUGCCUUUUUCGUCGGCGCUUGGCUCGUCUGUAUCCCGCUCGCCUACGUCUUUGUCUUCAGAGACCACCGCGGGCUCCGCGGCAUCUGGCUCUCUAUGGUCAUCGGCUACUCGGUCGUCACCACUAUUGCCGCUGGCUUUGUGGUCACCUCGGACUGGUCGGCUCUUGCCGACGUGGCGCGGAUCCGCUCCGAGUGCAAGGUCAAGCCGGAGCCGGAGCCGGAGCUGGUAGCCGCGGCACGCGGUUCGAGCCUAGCCUGAGUCGCGCUACUGACGCUUGCCGCGACCGACGCGAUGAAGGGUGGCAAUGACC